UUUAGCAAAAGGUAUUUCCUGGUCAGUGGCAGCAGCUCAUCCCCCUGCAUUUAUUGAGAAAGAAAUGUGAAUCACUGAGUAGUUCAUUUUCAUUUUCACAACAGUUUCAUCAACUAUUAAUAUGAAACUACUGUCGAAAAGAGGAAACCGGAAGACUUCAGACAUUUUCGAGUAAUACCACCGGCUGGGAGGACUGUGCAGAAGUUGCAAAUAUCUGCUUAAUCUGAAGAAAUAUCACAGAUUUGCCCUCCAAGCUCAGCUGACACCGAAAAGGACGGCAGGAUCCCUGAGCACCUCAACAUUGUAAAAAUAACUAAAUAAAAAAAAGGAGAGAGAAAAAAAUACUCUUCAGACAACUUUUGAUUCUUGCAACAAAUCCUUCUCAAUUUCUGGUGAUCUAUACAGCACAAAUAAAAAUAUGCUGAGAGAUCAGCAGGCAGCAGAUGAAGAAGCUCCCCCUGAUCCAUAUUACCACAGCCACUACGGGGAAUCAGAACUGAGAAUCGUCCUUGUAGGUAAAACAGGAGCUGGGAAAAGUGCAACAGGAAACACCAUCCUUGGCGAGAGAGUGUUUAAAUCCAUACUGGAAGCACAGACAGUAACUAAGAUUUGUAAAGCUGGCAGUAGGAUUUGGAAUGGGAAGAUGGUUCAAGUGGUUGAUACUCCUGCAAUUUUUGAUCCAAAGAUCUGUAGCGCAGACACUUACCAAGAGAUUGGUCGCUGUAUCAUGCUCUCUGUCCCAGGCCCCCAUGUUCUGGUGCUGGUGACCCAGCUGGGCCGUUACACUGAAGAAGACAAGGAAGCGGUGAGGAGAGUAGAGGAGAUUUUUGGAGUUGAGGCCAGGAGGUACAUGAUCGUCUUGUUCACCCGAAAAGAAGAUUUAGGGGGUGGUUCACUGAGUGACUAUGUGAGUCACUCAGAUAACAGAGCUCUCCAGACGCUGAUUCAAAAGUGUGGGGACCGAUACUGUGCUUUCAAUAACAAAGCAACUGGAGCAGAACAGAAAGAGCAGGUUAAUACGCUGAUAGAAAUAGCUGAGCGAAUGGUGUGGGAGAACGGAAACUCAUAUUAUACUAGUGAAUUAUAUUCCAAGGCAGAGGUGAUGCUCAGUGAUGUUAAUGGAAACUUUGAAGAAAAAUGCAGAAACUUUGGAGAAAAAGUGAAACAGCACAUAACAAACCAAAAAGACAGAGCAGAAGCUGAGCAUCGUUGGGUGUUAAACAGAAUUAGGAAAGCAUGUUGUUUUAUAAUUACAGUUUAUCUAUGGAGACCUGUGAUAUUGGUGAUAUAUGCUAUAUGUAGGAUAGGCUGUGCUAUAUGUAGGAGAGGAUGGAGGUGCAUUCUUUCAUUGUAUAAUUACUGGUUCGGUUAAUGACGAUAACUCAGUUUCCUAUUUGUUUUCCUCUUGGAGUUGAAAUGUAGUUUAUUAAUAAUCAUGGACAGAAUUUCUCUUCAUUCUAAUCCUACAGCUCCCUGUGUUCUAUAGCUCAGCUUCUUACCACUAGUACUGCAAAGGACAAACAUGCAAAUUAUGACCAGAUGAAGUCAUUUAGAUUUGUUUUACAAUAACUUCACACAGGAGAUUCCAUUAAGGAUUGUAUAUGGAUGUGUCAAAUCUGUACUUUUGUAUGGAAAACCAAAUGGUGGCAAUAUAAUAAACA